UUUUCCAUGCCAAAAAGCAAGAAAGGAGAGAACUUACCUUACAUGGUCCUAGAGAAGAGCACCAGAAGAGCUGCAGUUAAUCGUCUGGUGGUUGUGUUCUUGAGUUGAUAUUGCAGAGAAAUCAUCUUUGUUAACUGGGUCUUGGCGUAUUGAGCUUCAGAAGUCGCAUACUGGAAACCUUCCAGGUUUGGAUUCCACAUCUUUUAUUGCUGUUUAAACAUGGACUGUUAAUUAAUUUUUUUCUCCUUUCCUCAUCCAUCGAAAAGAAGGGAAAAGCAGAAGGUUUUCUCAUUUGGAUCUUGAAGAUGGAACAUCCAGAGAGAAAAUAUUCCUUUGAUUGUUCUUUUUCUGGUUAGGGAAAGUUAUGAUAGAUUUUCUCAUCUGUGCUCUGUAAAUGAAUGUCAUAAGAGGUAGUUUCUUAUUCAAGUUGUAAUGCUGGGGAUUUCAAUGCAGAAGCUUUCAGAUUUUGUUUAUAUGGUUGAGUGGAUUUAUGCAAGCGGGAUCUCCAGGUGUCUGGUCAGAGAUUUUCUCACCUGGGUCUUCAAGAUGAACCCGUGGAAAACUGGAUUUCUUCUCCAAGCUAUAAUGUUGGUGGCUGUUUCAAAUUCAUGGUGGAUGGUUUCAGGUUUGGGUUCAAUGUCUUCCAUUGCUGUGUCUUAUGGUGAGAAUGGACCUGUGUUUUGUGGCCUGAGGUCAGAUGGGUCUCAUCUUGUGACUUGCUAUGGAUCUGAUUCAGCUAUAAUCUAUGGAACACCUGCUCGAUUUGCAUUCUCAGGCCUAACUGCUGGUGAUGCAUUUGUUUGUGGGCUUCUACUGGAAUCAAGCCAGCCCUAUUGUUGGGGAAGCAGCAUUUACAUCCAAAUGGGUGUUCCCCAGCCAAUGCUAGAGGGAGCUGAAUAUUUAGAAAUCAGUGCUGGAGAUCACCAUUUUUGUGGUUUGAGGAAACCAAAGAAGGGAAGAUUGGGCAGAUAUAUUUCUCUUGUUGAUUGUUGGGGCUACAACAUGACAGCAAACCAUGUGUUCGGUGGUAAAAUCAUGUCCAUCACAGCUGGUUCAAUGUUCAACUGUGGAUUGUUUUCUGACAACAGAACUGUUUUUUGUUGGGGUGAUGAAUCUAGUAGUGGGGUUAUCAGCUCAAUGCCUCUGGAGACGAAGUUUCAGAGUAUUUCAGCAGGAGGGUAUCAUGUUUGUGGAAUAUUAGAAGGUCACAAUUCUAGAGCUUUUUGUUGGGGAAGAAGCUUGGAGUUGGACAUGGAAACAGAAAUCUCCACUGCAUAUUCAGAUGAAGGAAAUGUUGCGUUAGUUCCAGAAGAUCCCAUGGUUUCUGUGGUAGGGGGAAAGUUCCAUGCCUGUGGAAUUAAAAGCUCUGAUCAUGGAGUGAUUUGUUGGGGUCGUCUUCACAUAGGUAAGAGCACCCCAGCCCCUAAUGGAGUUAAGGUUUAUGAGAUCGCCGCUGGGGAUUACUUCACCUGUGGAGUUCUCGCUGAUAAAUCUCUCCAACCUGUCUGCUGGGGUCUUGGUUUCCCGACAUCCCUCCCCUUGGCUGUGUCACCUGGCCUCUGCAUGUCUUAUCCUUGCAGUCUGGGGUACUACGAGUUUUCUCAUGGGACUGAAACAUGCAAGUCACCCAACUCCAGAGUUUGUUUGCCUUGUAGCAGUGGCUGCCCUUCUGAGAUGUAUCAGACCAUUCAAUGCAUGCCAAAGUCUGAUCGGCACUGUGAAUUCAACUGUUCAAGCUGUGUCUCAGCUGACUGUUUGUCCAAUUGCUCUUUCCCUGUGAUGGCUAGGCAAAGGAACAACGGAAGAAUCUGGUCACUUCAGAUGCCAAUUUUUGUUGCUGAACUUGUUUUUGCUGUGUUCUUUGUAAUUGCCGUGUCCUUGAGCGCAUUCUUCUAUGUUCGUUAUAAACUACAGAGAUGUCACUGCUCUUUGGGAGAACCGAAAGCCAUAAAGAGCAAUGUGGGUUGUGCUUCUUUCCACAAAGAGAAUGGUAAAGUCCGGCCUGACUUGGAUGAGCUUAAGAUCAGGAGGGCUCAGAUGUUCAACUAUGAGGAACUUGAGAAGGCCACUGGUGGAUUUAAAGAAGAGUCUAUUGUGGGAAGAGGUAGUUUUUCCUGUGUGUUCAAGGGGGUCUUGAGUGAUGAGACAGUGGUUGCAGUUAAAAGGGCGAUUAAAUCGACAGAUCUGAAAAAGAAUUCGAAGGAGUUCCACACUGAGCUUGAUCUUCUCUCAAGAUUAAACCAUGCCCACUUGCUCAAUCUACUGGGUUACUGUGAAGAAGGUGGGGAGAGGCUUCUGGUGUAUGAGUUCAUGGCUCAUGGGUCUCUGCAUCAACAUCUCCAUGGUAAGAACCCACGCCUGAAAGAACAAUUGGAUUGGGUGCGGAGGGUAACUAUUGCUGUCCAAGCAGCUCGAGGGAUUGAAUACCUGCAUGGUUAUGCUUGUCCCCCCGUGAUUCACAGAGACAUCAAGUCUUCAAACAUACUUAUUGAUGAAGAACACAAUGCCCGAGUUGCUGAUUUUGGUCUCUCAUUGCUUGGCCCAACUGACAGUAGCUCACCCUUGGCUGAGCUACCUGCAGGUACAUUGGGAUACCUUGACCCAGAAUAUUAUAGACUACAUUAUCUGACAACCAAAUCUGAUGUCUAUAGCUUUGGUGUCCUACUUUUAGAAAUUUUAAGUGGUCGUAAGGCCAUUGAUAUGCAAUUUGAAGAAGGCAAUAUAGUUGAAUGGGCAGUUCCACUGAUCAAAGCUGGUGAUCUGUCAGCAAUCUUGGACCCUGUGUUGAAACCACCAGCUGAUCUUGAGGCAUUGAAAAGAAUAGCAAAUGUGGCAUGCAAGUGUGUGCGAAUGAGAGGAAAGGAGAGGCCAUCUAUGGAUAAGGUGACAACUGCCUUAGAGAGAGCCCUUGCACUCUUGAUGGGGAGCCCAUGCAAUGAACAACCAAUCUUGCCUACUGAGGUAGUUUUGGGAAGCAGUAGGUUGCACAAAAAAUCAUCACAAAGGUCUUCAAACCGGUCAGGUUCAGAGGCUGAUGUUAUUGAAACUGAGGAUCAAAGGUUUGAGUUCAGAGCUCCUUCAUGGAUAACAUUUCCAAGUGUUACCUCCUCCCAGAGAAGGAAAUCUUCUGUUUCAGAUGCUGACAUAGAUGGGAAGAAUUUGGAAGCAAGAAAUUUGGGUAAUGGAGGGGGUGCUUGUGAUGGGUUGAGGUGUUUGGAGGAAGAGAUUGGGCCAGCUUCUCCCCAACGGAAUUUGUUCUUGCAGCAUAACUUCUAAGAUUUCCAAAGAACCUCCAGAGUGGAUGAAGACCAAAUGGAGAAGAGAGGUUUCAAAGAAGAGUUUGAUCUAUUUCUUAAUCUAAUAUGUAGGCUUGUCUUCUUGAAAUUUUAUCUGAUCUUAUUUGGUUUUUGCUAUUUCUUCACUGUGUUGGGAACAGAAAUGUAGGGUAGAAAGGGGAUUAGUUUCUGUUUUACUGCUCUUGUGCAUUACUUUGUAACCUUUUGGCUGUAAACUCUGUAUGAAAUCCUAACCUAUUGUCCAGUAGUUUGCAGUAUCAUCCGUUGGUCAUUCCUCUAAAACAUGGCCAGAAAACUGGGUUUUAAAUUUGUAUGAUUGGUUGAAGCUC